UUCCCUUAAUGUAUGUACUGCGUCACUCUUUACCCUGAUCCAGAAGCACAUAGGUUCUCAAACAAACUAUUACAAACAUAAACAUGGGAAAAACAAUUCACCAACUGCAAAUUUUUCUCCAAACCAACGUCACCAACAUGCCUCGUUCCAACCGCUUAGCAAUUUCCUCAAUUUUCUUCUUCCUCUUUAGUUCCUUCUUCUUUUCAACCAAAGCAACGCCAAUAUACAGUUCCCAUGUCUGCACAGACUCCACCAAAGACAAACCAAACACCACAUUCCAAACCAACCUCAACCUCCUCCUCUCUUCCCUUUCUUCCAAGGCCACCGAAGCCACCCAAUUCUACAAAACAACAAUUGCCACCGAAACCCCCAACCCCGUCAAGGGCCUCUUCCUCUGCCGCGGCGACACCCUCGCCGCCGCCUGCCACGACUGCGUCACCGCUGCAGCAGCGGACCUAAAACGCCUGUGCCCGGUUCAGAAGGAGGCCAUAAUCUGGUACGACGUGUGCAUGGUACGCUACUCCGACCAAUACCUCAAUAACAUCGUACCUGGAGUGGAUAUGUCUGAUUCCAAAAACGUUACUAGCAUUAGCAUUAGUCUUGACCGAUUCAACGAAUUGCUCGCGGGAUUGCUGAAUUCCCUGGCAACGAAAGCUAAGAAUUCCUCAGAUAAGAAAUUUGCGACAGGGGAAGUGAACCUCACGAGUUCGGUGACCCUUUAUGGGUUGGUGCAGUGCACGCCAGAUUUGUCUUUGUUCGAUUGCAGGAUGUGUUUUAGCAGCGCCAUUGCGUCUGUUCCGAAUUGCUGUGAUGGGAAACGAGGGGCAAGAGUGUUGCUUCCUGGAUGCAAUAUCAGAUAUGAAGUGUAUCCAUUUUACAGCAGCAAUAACACAUUGACCCCAACGAUUGUGAAGCCUCGUCCUUCAGGACGGAGUGGUGUUGAAGUGAUUCUUACAUUUGUUAUCCCUAUUGUUGCUGCGAUGGUGCUUUUCACUUUUGGGAUAUGUACUGUCAUGAGAAAGCAAGCAAAGAGUGUGAUACAAUUGUGGAAGCAAACGAAUUAUUCUGAGGUGUAGAUGAGACUGAUGCUGCAAAGAAUAGCAAAGGAAAGGCAUAAUGCAAGACAACCUUGAUUAUCGUUUUCGUCUUCCGAAUCUGUCAAAGACACAUGACUGAAGAUGUGGCUGCAUCAGAUCGUUUAACGGAGGACUUGGCAAUUGGUAGUGUAGAUUAGUGAAGUAUAAGCUGACUGAGUUUUUGUUGUUGCUGCAUCGGCAUCCAUCUAUAUGUUUGCUGUUACUUGGACAGAUUGUUUUAGAUGUAAGAAUAUCAACGGACCAGAAGUGUGGAUACUGUUUCUAUUUUUA